AUGACUCCCACAAAGAAGAGUGGCAAGAAGAAGGAUUGUUCUACCAUCAGCAAAGUGGUGAUCCAAGAUCCCACCAUCAACUUUCACAAGUCCAUAUGUAGAGUGAGCUUUAAGAGAUCAGCCCUCAGGCACGCAAAGAGAUCUGGAGCUUGCCGUGAAGGAGAUGGAGACACCAGACUCAAUAAAGCCACGUGGGUCAAAGAAAUAAGGAACAUUCCUUACUGCAUCUGCAUGAGAUUAUCCAGAAAACAUAAUAAGGAUGAAGAUUCUCCUGACAACUCUACCUUUUGGUUACCUAUGUAUCUGUCAUACUUUAAAUUAGAGCCAGUCAAUGUGGAUAAGAACUAA